AUGAAGGAUGAAAGACUACGGAGUGAGGAGGAAGAGGGAUUGCAGGGGAAGGAAUGCCAGGGCCGGGAUUUUCGGCCUGGAGAGAAUGCGGAGAGUCUCCACGGGCCGGGCUCGGCUCGGCGAGUCACAGUGCAGAUGAGUCACCCGGGCCCCAUCGGGGGUGGCCCAUCCAGUGCCUCCUGGCACUUGAGCACGGCUACCCGACGGCCGCUGUCACUGCAUGUCCGGCACGACGCUCCCCAGACAAGUACCGAUGCAAUCCACUCCCGACUCGGGCUUGAGCGAGAGGAACCAGUCAUCACGAAGAAUAGCUCUCGACAGGCACCACCAAAGCGCUUGGAAACACCUUCUGGCGACUUGGCAUUGCGCCCAUUGCGCCCCCAGCUCCCCAUAUCCGAUCUCCAGACCCCGUGCGGAACUGGAGCGCACGAGUUGAGUGUGUUAUUUGUCUUUCCCUGCGGUACGAUUGGACCUUGCCGGGGCGGUUCCGCAGUGUAA